AUGUUUUCUAUUAAUCUGGUUGUGAAAUUUCCAACAUCAGGAAAUUGUUAUUCACUAAAAUUUACUAAGGAUAUAACUGUUUAUGACUUGUGCCAUGAAAUUCAUUCCAAAAUUAGAGAAGCUGCUUGUCUUAAUCCUUCAGAAAACGGGAUCUUCGUACCGGAUCCAGACCCCAAGCAUUCCUUUUGGCUAGACAACUCUCGAAUGCUGUCUUAUUACCACUUUUGUGAUAAUUUUGAAGUCCAAUAUAGAUCUAAACUUCGUCUUCUUGUUAUACAAACUAUGGAUGAGACAAGGAAGACUUUGCAAGUAGACGAUAGUAAGACAGUUGCCGAGCUUAUGUUCACAAUUUGCUCGAAAAUGGGUAUUACAAAUUAUGAAGAAUACUCACUAAUAAGACCAUGUGAUGAGGAUGAGAAGUUGCGUACACUUACGUUGAGAAAAGGCAGGGGUAGCAUCAGGAAUCUGGAGAAGCUAGAAAAAAUGAAGCAAAAGUUACACACAGAUAAUGAAUUUAACUGGUUAGCUCCUGGUAAAACUCUUCGUCAGCAUGGAGUUGAAGAAUCUGAAAUUCUACUUCUUCGUAGAAAAUAUUUUUUCUCCGAUCAAAAUGUGGAUACACGAGAUCCUGUACAAUUGAGCCUCCUUUAUGUACAACUGAAAGAAGCCAUAUUGAAUGGAACCCAUCCAAUAUCUCAAGAUCAAGCUGUGAAUUUAGCUGCUUUACAAUGUCAAGCAGAAUAUGGUCCUAUGAUACCGGAAAAGAUUAAACGAAAUCCUAUCGAUUUAAAAGAUCGUUUACCAAAAGAAUAUAUUAAAUCAAAGGGUAUUGAAAAAAGAAUAUUAGAGCAAUAUCAAAAGUUGGAGAAUUACGAUGAAAGAGAAGCUAAACUACGCUAUGUUCAAUUGUGCAGAUCUUUACCAACUUAUGGGAUAACAUUCUUUCUUAUAAAAGAAAAAUUGAAAGGACGUAAUAAACUUGUACCACGUUUAUUUGGAGUUAGUAAAGAAAGUGUAAUGCGUGUAGAUGAAAAAACGAAAGAAAUUAUAGAAACCUGGUCAUUAACACGUAUACGACGAUGGGCAGCUACAGCAAAUCUUUUUACAUUGGAUUUUGGUCAGUAUAGUCCAAAUGGAAAUUAUAUAAUGCAAACAACGGAAGGUGAACAAAUCGCUCAACUUAUAUCUGGUUAUGUGGAUAUUAUUUUACGUAGACAACGUAGUCGUGAUAAUGGUCAAACAGAAGGUGAUGAAGAAAAUACAAUUAUUGAAGAGAAUAUUGCACCAUCAAAAGCGAAUGUCAUCGCCAAUAUGAGUGCAACACUACCACGUGGGCAUCGUGCUCAAGAAGCAAAUUUAGCGCAUAGUGGUUUAUUAAGAACUGCAAGUCAACGAGAAGAUUUCACUGAAGGUCGACUAGCUAUUGAAAGUCAUACAGUAUCUCAUCAUAAUCUAGGCGGUAAUAAUCUUGGCUCUGGACUUAUUGUAAACACGAACGGUGGAGAUGGAACAUUGAAUGGAAAGAGAGGAUUCCAAAUGAUUGAUCUUGGACAACCGAAACGAGCUUUACUCUCACGUAUAGACUAUGGUGUACGUACACUACAAGGUGCAUGUGAUGAAAUUGAUAAACCUGUAUAUCCUGAUGAAGAAGCAUUACGUGGAGAUGAUUUAAAUACUAAACGCUGGCGUUCAGAAACAUUAGAGCAGGCUCGUGCUGGUGUUCUCAGUCAUUUAGGUGCUAUGACAAUGGCUACUGGUCGUUUGAUAUCUGGAAUUCACUCGCCUGAAGGUCGAGGUCGUGAUGAUAUGAAUAAUCAUGUUGAAAUGGAUUAUGCUAAUAUGGAUGCUUCAAUGACAUCGAUUGGAAUGAAUGUCCAAGGUUUAAUGCAUUGUGUACGUUUAUAUGAUCAGCUGGAAACUGCUGGUGGUGAUAAGACUACCUUGAAACAAGCUGCACAAGCACUGUCUGAUGCGUUUCUUGAAUUAAUGCGAACUACAUUCUCAGCUGUAUCGACAGACAAUUCUUCAGAUAAAUCAUCUGUACUGACACAUUCAACAAGUUCAUUAUUUGAUUCAUCAAAGAGUGGUCCUGAUCGUGCAGCUUUACUAGAAGCUGCUAGUCGUGUUGGUGAUGCUAGUCGACAAUUGUUACAGUUAAUUGCACCACCACCGACGCAACAACAACACCAACAACAAAAAUCAACAACAAAUCUAAAUGGUUCUGAUAAUCUUGGCGAUAAUGAAUCACCAUCUAAUACAAAUGUCAAUUCAUUAAUUGACUGGGAAGCAAGAGAUCGUCUGCUGACACUAACGAAGGGUGUUGCCAAUUCAAUGACAGGAUUAGUGAAAAAGGCUAAAAUGGGUGCAUUAGUUUUAGAUCAAGAAGUGAAUCAACGCUUAGCUGGAAGUAAUAAAGCUGAUUCAAAUGAUGUGGUCGCACAAGUAUUACGCAACGCUCAGUCAAGGUUAGUACAUGCAGCGACAAGAGCUGGUAAAUCAGCAAGUCAACUAGUUACGUGUGCUAAAGUUGUAGCAUGUACUAUGGAACAGCCGGAAUCUCAACAACAAUUGAUGCAUACUAUUAAAGAGGUUGGAGUAGCAGCAGAUGCUGUACCAUCACCAGCAAAAUGUUUAAUUGAUACAUCCUCUACAGAUCCUGUGAUAGUAUCAUUAAUCAACGACAAUGAAACAUUUAAUGUACAUUGUAAAUUAGUCAAUGACUUAGAACAGGGUGUUUAUGCUGUACAUAGUGAUUUAGAUAAUUUAAUUGAAUGUCUGAUGGGGACUUCAAUACAAGCACAUCAAGAUCCAGUAAUAUUGAAUCUGUUGUCUGUUGGUCAUCAACUUCCUGGUAGUGUUGGAGACGGUCAACUACUUGUACGUAAAGCGAAUGCAUUAGCUUCAGCUGUUGAAUGUUUAGUAACAGAUUUACGGACAGAGGCAAUGAGACAGAAAGGCAGUUUAGGUAUAUCAACGAAUGAAAUAAACGGAAGAGCGGAUUUAUUAGAAAAAGAAAUUUAUCAUUUAUUAUUAGUUGCACAGGAGUGUGCUGACGGUAAUGCACAAUCCUUAGAACAUCAACAAAUAGUUAUAGCAGCAGCUGAACAAUUGGUUAGCACAGCGCAUGCAAUGGCUGCACCCAUUAUUCGAUCACGUCUAACUAAAGGCUUAGAAUUUGCUACUCGACUUACAGCCAAUAAUGCUGGUCCACUAGCUACAGUUGGAGGCGAAGUUGUACGUAUUUGUCAAAGUGAUACUUAUCAGUUAGCUGCUGACUUGGAACAAUUACAAAAACGUGUUAUGCCUCAAGUGAAUUUAUCUUGUAAUAUAGCUCGUGUUCAACCGUAUGAUAUCAAAAAUCAAGCUAAUUUACUUGCUGCAUCACAAAAUCUAAUGAAGUGUUUAGAAGAUUUAUUAAGAUCAGCUGAUGCAGUCGCACCGACUAUUCAAGAUUCCGGUGUUCAAUCAGUACUUACUGGUGUUACACGUAACACACAGGCUUGUCUUACUGAUCUUCGACUGUGUUAUGCUAAUUCUGAAUCAGUCCUAGGUAAUGAACCACCUGAGUUACCUGAUCAAUUAUAUCAUCAUAUGAUGAAUGGAGGAGCGAAAACGUCGUCGCCCAACGGAAUAGACCAGUCAGAUUAUCAUGUUACUGAUUUGCAGACGAAUGAGUUGGCGAGAAUUUCAGCUACAAUUGAACAAUUGAGAACAGAGUUGUUUGAUGUUUCAUAUCAUUUAUUGCCAAAUGAAACACUGGAUUCAAUCUGUGUUUUACUGUGGUCAUCAAUUAAAGAUUAUAAUAAAGUGUUUGGUUCACCUGAUGAUGAAGAUCAUGAAAAUCAUAUCGACUCAUCAUCAUGUAAUGAAUUAGAACAGUUAUGGCAUAAAUUGCCUCCAUUAGUUGAACGUGUCAAACAAACCUGUGAUGAUGAUAAUGAUGCUGCCACUGGUGUUGUUGAUAAAGGCAACAGAAAAAAGAUGAUACAAGCAAGAUUGAAUAUAGUUCAUGAAUUGCUACACUAUCUUGCACCUGUACUACGUGGUAUGCGUAGUCUAGCUAGAUAUUUCAAUAUUGUUGCCCAGUCGACAGCUGUAGAUUCUAAUUUAGCUCGAGUGAUAAAUGUUUCACAUGGUGUUGCAUCAAAACGACACAGCAGUAUAUCAGGUUGUUCAAAUGUUAUAGAUCAUAACUCCAGUAUGCCUAGUGGUGAACAACAAACUCAAAUUACAGCAGAUGUUAUGCAUCAGAAUCUGAUGUCUAUCGCUGAAACCUGUUUAAUGGCAUCAGGUCAAUUUAUUACAUGGGCAUUGAAAAAUCAUUCACACAGCCUAACUGAUGAUGAAUUACAAGAGGCUGCAGUUGUAGCUGAUCAACUGAACACAUCAAUAAAUGCUGUGCUGGGUUAUAUACCUGGAGAGGUAACAAUACGACAGUCAGGAAAUAUUCAUCGUAAUCAUACUGAACAAAAUGUUGUGCCUGAAUCACCACCAGCUGUUCCUAUGCGUUCAUCAAAUCUACCAGUUAUAGAUAUUUAUGAACAAAUGAGUGAAGCCGCUAAACAACUGGCUCGUGCAUGUUUAAGUGCUAGUUAUGAAGUUUCUGGUCAAAUGAAACCAUCAAAAACUGAUUCAUUCGGUUCGCAUAGUAAUCUUACCUUAUUGGCUUGUAUAGCCGACCGAUUGACUAGCGCAUUAGCUGAUGUUGUUCGUGCUGCUGGUUAUCGUAGUGCACAAAUCCGGUCAAUUGGUCAUUUGUUAGCUAAUUUUAAUGAAGCUGCUGAACCUGUCGCUAUCAACUUACAAAAUGCAAUGCAUACUUUAGACUCGAAUCAAAAUGAUACGAAGGUUAAUAAUAUCUCUGGUAUACCAUCAUCGAAUUUAACACUUGGAAAGUCAAUACUGAAACUACGAGAUUGGGCAAUUGAAUUAGAUCAAAAAGCCUUGGGAUUAAGAGAGAAAACAUUUGCAUCUCAUGUUGACUCUCAACAAUCUGUUCAUCCAUCCGUUGACCAAGAUAAUAAUCAUGAAGAUGAUAAAUUAUCUGAGAUAUUUAUGCAUAUGCGUAAUCAAUGUGAUGUAUCACUGCGUCGAUUGGAUGCUAUAAUGAAUCCAAAUGUCUAUAAUGACGAUAGAGAGAAGCUAGCUGGUAAAACUGACCAGUCAAAAGAGACGGAUUGUACAUUUUGUCCUAUCCUUUUACCAAUCAAUGAUUUAAAUUAUCCACAGUGUUGUGAUAUGGUCUGUGAUAUAGAUAAGGAGUUCAAUGGACACUUAGAUGUGAUUCCUUCAUCAAUAUCUGACAAUGAAGCUGCCUUAUUUAUACAAUCUAUUAAAGGCUUAGCUCAGGUUGCUAAUCACUUAGUACAAGUAACCUAUCAAGCUGCUUAUUUGAUAGCUGCAGCUCAUCCAGCUUCAAGACCAGGUCAUGUGAGUCGAUUUACUUCACCGGAUCAAUUAACUAUUAUACAUGAUCAUGUAGCAGCUAUUCGUCAAGGUGUUAGUGAAAUAUCUAGAUCUCAUGUUGAAGCAUCAUCUAAUGGAUUACCAUCUUUAGAAAUUUUAAACACAGCUAAUCAUGUGGCACAAAGAGCAACACAACUAUGCCAAACUACUCGACCGUAUUUAUCUGAAAUCAGAAAUGUAUGUGAAAAACGACGUCUAGCUGAUUUGUUAGAACAUGUUGCACGAUCUGCUGCUGCUGUAUUCACCGUCAUUAAAACAUCACGUAGUACAAAUCCACUAUCUGGUACAACUGAUCUAGUUCAAAAGCUGACAACAUCUGCGUCUACCUUAGAAGCUGAUGUUGACCAGUAUAUAGAUGUUUUACUUCGUGAUACUGCUGGCUCACCGGCGCAUUUAGCUGAAGAAGCGUAUGAGCUUCAAGCGCCUGUGCUAACAAGCGGUCAGACUGUAGCUAAAAGUAUUGCCAAUCUUAUUGAAUGUAGUCGUCAAUUGGUUGAUAUUCAUUGUAAUAAUAUGCAAACAGAAGAAGUGAAUAGCAACAGAAGUGGUUUAUCUGGUUUCGAAGACGGUAGACACUACUUACACGAAUCAUGUUUAGGCCUGUUAAGUCUACUUCGCCAAAGUGUUCCAGGUCUGUCUUUAUGUGAUCAAAUACAAAAAACUCUGAAUAAUCUACUCAAUGAUCUGGAUCAUGCAAUUGUUUCUUCGAAUCAUCAUCAUCAGAAUCAAAUCAAGCGUAAUAGUAUUUAUUCAACCAAUGUACAACACUUAGAAAGUUCAUUAAAAUUAAUUCGUACUAGUAUGGAACAAAUUGAAUAUUGGAGUUUAGAAACAAUUGAAAAUUGUAAACUUGGUAAUUGGGAAAUGAUGGCGCAUAAUUUACACUCAAUUAGUACUUAUCUACCUAAUUUUGUUAAGGAGUCAAUUCGUACAUGUGGCAAUUUAAUGCGACUCUCUGACCAGACAAAUUUAAAUAGUCUCACACGAACUGUUCUAGAAGCUCUCCAACAAUUAAUCGAUUGUCUGUCAAUUACUCUAAAAGCACGAUCUCAAUCCUUGCCAGUUUCUAAUUCUCACAAUUCAUUGACUACUUACAACAGUCAGUUAAAACAAGCUUGUGUUGAAUUGUCUAAACAAAUCGAUACAAUAGCAAUAGAACAAGGCGGAUUAAAUUGGCACAUUACAUCUAUCACUUCAGCUUGCUCAAAGCUUGAUGAUGCUGUCGUACCAUUAUCAAAUGGAUUGGAAAAAAAUAACUCGAAUGAAAAUGCAGUCUCAUUACCAACAAAUUUUGUCCAGUUGCAUACACGUUUAGGUCAUCAAUCACGUGAAUUAUCUGAUCUUACCUCAAGAGUAACAGAAACUUAUGCAAAUAAUCAAGGUGGAGGAGGAGAAUACUGCCCAGAGAUUAUAUCGACUUUUGUUCAACAAUUCCUCCAGAUGACUGAAACAGUACAAAAUAUGUCGAACAUAUUGAAAAUGCAUCCACAAAUUGAUACUGGACCAGCUUUAGCUCAAAAAUUGUGUCAUGCAACUCAGGCUAUUGGUGCAGCUUGUUCAGAUUUUCUACGAGCUCCAUUGCAUGCAGAAAGAGUCAGCAAUUUAUCUAAUCGAUUGAAUGAUUUAAAAGCUGUCCUGCAAUCAUGUGCAAGAGGUGCUGAUGCUUGUGCAACUGCUAUCACUAACUUGAAUCGUCUUGUAGCUGAUUUAGAUACAGCUGCAUUAUUCGCGCGAGCUGGUACUGUUCAAGAUUCAAAUAAACCACCAUCUCCUGGCGUUACUAGUAAAGGUUCAAUAGCAUUUAAACAAAGAGCUUUUCAAACUGCUCAAGAAGCAGUUAUGCAAGCAGAAAAAGGAAUUGUUGAAGAUAUGCAAACUUUAAUUAAAACUACAUCUACUGACCAAGAUGCAUUAGCAAUAUCAGCACAGAAUUGUGUAUUACGAGCGACAGAAUUGACGGAAUCAGCUAAAAAUGCAGCUUCAUGCGCAGCUAUACUUUUAUCCUCUACACCAGAUUUAUCUAUUGAAGGUCAAGUUCAACUGUUAACAUCUACACGAGAUGUUGUUGCCGGUUUAGUUCGAUUACUUAAUCAUGGCAAGUCUGUGUCUGCGGCUUGUUAUGCUAUUGAAUUUUGGAAUGAUCAAACAGAUGGCACGUUAAGUUCAAUGAUGAAAACCAAACAAAAAGCUUUAAAUGAUACGGCUGUUCAAGUGAUUGAAACAAUAGCCAACCUGUCAAGAGCUCUGCGUUCUGUCAGUGAUUCAUUUACUAAUGCUACUAAAACACCACCGGCUGUCAGUGAUACUCCUGCGCCUUCACCAACACCUCCUGCUGUCCCACUGAAAAAGGUUAGCCUUAAAGUACCUGUACAAAAAACUAUUAUAUCGAGUAAAACUGAUCCUACGAAAGCUAAUAUACAUGCUAGCUUAGAAUCAACAAUUUCUGUAUUGGGAAAUUUAAAUGAAAAAUUGAAUAAAUGGACUGUUAAAGAUGGAGUAUUGAAUGCACCAGAUUUUGAUGAUGACUCAGAAUUUGAACGACAAACUGCUCUAGGUCAAACAAUCAAUCCAUCUUAUUUAGUAAGCGCUGCUAGAGCUAUUACACAAGCAGCUACCAAUGCAAACAAUGCUACUGGUUCUGGGAAACCAUCAGAGAUUAGUUUAGCUGGAGAUAUGAUACGUCGUGCAGCUGAAGAACUUUCACGUCGUUUAUACUCUGUUCUACAAACUUCAUUAUCAUUAGCAUUUAAAGGACAGAAUGGUGGAAAACCUACCUCCAAUUUCAAUCAUCAAAAUUCAGUAUCAAAUAGUGAGUCAGGGAAUGAAAGUGCAUCAGAAGAUUAUAGUGAAACGAUCAAUUAUCCGAAAUUAGAGAAGAUAUGUCAACGUGCAAUUAAUGGUGGAGCUGGUACUAUGUCAGAGCUUAAAGAUUUAGUAGAACAUAUGAAUAAAGCACUUGACUCAGGUCCUGGAAGUCCUGACAGUGUUCAAGUCACUUUGGCUAUGCGACGUUUACGUGAGACUGUUUUUGAAAUUGUUGACUGUUCUAUAUCAUUACCUGGCGCUAAAGAGGACGAUAUUGUUGAUUUCAAACCAACAGUGUCACCGAAACCAAUUACAAUAUUGAUUGAUAAUAAAGUAACAAGUUUAUUUGAAGGUUCUUCAAAUAGAGGAUCAAUAUAUAGCAGUUCUAUAGAUAUUGAAAAGAGUAUAGCUGAAGCGAAUGCAACAGCUGUAGAUAUUGAUCGAUCAUUCUUAUCAUCAACCUCUCCGUCAACAUCAUCAUCAGUGGGUGUACAAAACGCUUUACAAGAUUUCGCUGGAGAAAUUGAAAGAAGUGUUGAACGCAUAGGUCUAUUGCAUUCAAAACAUUCAUUUAAGCAUUCAUUGAACUCACAGAAAUCUGGUCAUUUGCAUAUGGAUGAAUCAAGAGAUACGAUGGGGCAUUUAUCCAAAUCUUCAAGUACUGCAGCUUCGACAAACACUCUUAUACCUAGUAAUGAUAUAUCACUUGGUAGUGAUGGUGGAGAUAUUGACUUAAUAGCUUCAGAUGGUAUGGAUGCAGUAAUUAUAGCCUGUCGAGAUGUGGUUCAUGCAACACUGAGUUUAAUGUAUUGGGCUGCUGCUGCUCAACGUGAACUUGUACAACAGGGUCGAUUGAAACCGAUUGAUUUAUCUCAAACAGGUGAAGUGGAAUCAGAAUCACAAUGGGCACAAGGUUUAAUAUCAGCAGCAAGAUAUGUAGCUGUUGGUGCGAAUCAUUUAGUUGAAUCAGCUCAAGCCUUUGUGACAAUGCAUGUUGGCAAUUCUUCUUCUUCUUUCCCAAUGGAAUCGGAUGAAAUGUCGUUAAAGCCGGAGAGUUUAAUAUCAGCUGCACAAACAACAGCUGGUUACACAGCCCAACUGAUAAUUGCUUGUAUAGCCAAGGCUGAUCCAAAUUCACAGAGUUGUUCCGGGCUGCGUACAGCUGGUGGAGCCGUCAAACAUGCAGCUGAUCGAUUAGUGCGUAUUGUACAGACAGUAGUGUCAAAAAAUAAAGGCACCUCGGCAAAACAAUUUGAUGACGGUGAAAAAGACCAGUCGGAUAAUUCAGGAAAUACAUUUGACGCUUUUGGUGGUCGAGUUGUUUCAUCUAUGCGACAAGUAAUUGAAACUAAAUCCAGUAUUGCUGCUAAACAACGAGAAUUAGAGAGUUUACAUGCUCAAUUGAAACAUAUUCAUCAAGAUCAAUAUCGAUCUUCGCAUAUGCAUUCAACAAACAAUUGA